UGACAAAAUGGAACACACCAGCAGUGUGAGGAGACCUGAAAGUGGCACAUGGCAUGGCAGAGUGUGGCGAUGGAGACAGCAGCAAUGGGAGGCCGUACAGGGACCCAUGAGACACUGUGGACCUGGCAGCAGCAUGAGGAGGCGGUACGGGGGCCCAUGGCAGAUUAGGGGCCUGGCAGCAGCAAUGGGAGAGGCCCGUAAUCUGCCAGCAACCUAUGACAAAAUGGAACCCAGCAGGAGUGUGAGGAGACCUGAAAGUGGCACAUGGCAGAGUGUGGCGAUGGAGACAGCAGCAAUGGGAGGCGGUACAGGGACCCAUGAGACACUGUGGACCUGGCAGCAGCAU